UCAGCUGGAGCUUCUUCGCAUUAAUGUAUUUGGGUUCUCAACACUACGAACGUUUCACGCAAACUAAAUUAUAAACGAAGAAUUCACAGUUGUCUUUAUUCACCAUGUCAUCACCUCCGAAAGAUAAAGAUAAAGAAUUAAAAGCUGGUCAUCCGCCAGCAGUCAAGGCGGGAGGAAUGAGAAUAACUUCAAAGCAUCAUCAACCUCAGCAUCCAGCGCCGACACCUGAAGAGAAAGCCGAAGAAGAAGAAUUCGCGGAGCCUAAGGAAAAGGUCUCAGAUCAGAAAGUUGUCGUCUCAGGAGUGUUGACAAAGGGAAAUGCUGACUUUAAAGCAGAUGCUAUUAAGGUGGCCCAUGAGAAGCCCAUGCCGCAACAUGAAAAACGACCCGCUGGUGGUGGGGGAAAGACCACAGCAAUGCACAUUCAACAACCAAGGAAGCAGUAGAGAUUUUAAAAUUGAACCUAACCAGAAAAAUGAAUUAUCAACUCUUUGUGAACAAAAAACAUUCCAUAUUUGGUACUUAGUGUUUUCUUUUCUUUUUGUGUUACCCAAGACUGCUUUACACACUUAAGUUUAAAGGGUAAAUAUGUUUAGUAACUCUAAUGCAUGUUGCCUCAUUCCUUAUGCACUGCGUUCUAAAAAUUAACAAAUUAAUUGAACUUCCAAAGUUGUUGACACCCCAGUUAAAUGACUGCUAGAAGUUAGACAAUCUGCAAACUUCAUUACAUUCAGGUAAUUCCCUAGUAAACUGAUGUGUCUCAUGAACACGAUAAAAAAUAAUUUUAUCAUUCAACUCCUAUCCUUUUCCUUAAAAUGAGAUAAUGAAUUUGUGUAUGCUGUGGACAAAAUGUCUCAAUAAAUGAGUAACUAUAAAUAAAAUUAAUAACGUUGUCACCCAGUUCUUUUUUGUCAUAUAUCACUUUAACAUGCAAGUUUAUGCUACAGUGUAAAAGAGCUAUUGGUGAUUAGCGAUUUUUAAUUGCUAGGCAAAUGAGGAAACAUGCAAGUUUAUGCUAUGGUGAUUAGCUAUUUUUCAUUGCUAGGCAAAUGAGGAAACACAUUCUGAGGGGAAAAAAUUCCUUUAUUUUUACUCAGAGAAAACAAAUUCAAAACACUCAUUCUUGCAAAAAUUAUUUAAAAAAAAAACAACUUGGAAACAUUUCAUUUACUGAGAGUAUCAGUUUAGGAAUCUGCAUGCCCAGUAUGUACAAAAUAGAAGCAAAGACAACAUCUUAAUAAAAAAGAAAGUCUUGGUUGUA